GAGGGGGAUAAUGGUGGGCGAAUAUUAAGGGGCUAAGCCUCGUUCAUGAGAUUAAUUACAAUAAUGACAACAAAACAGGGAAGAGAAAGAAAGCCGAAAAGUCACCCUAUCAUUUGUCUUCCGUGUUUAUGUAUGUAGGUAUUAUUAAAUAUUUUUCCGGUUCCACAUUCCAGCUUCUCUCCAGGCGUUUCAUCUCCCGCUGGAACUUCCUGAAUUCGCUUUUUUCAGGAAAUACGGAUCGAAAUUUGAGGUUUCCAAGAAGCAAUUUGAAGAGUUUGUUUGAUUUAGAUAGUUUUGUGCUGGGAAUCAAUCUGAAGUGGGAAAUUUGAAUCCUCUGGGAAUAGAUCACUUUUUUUUUAGGUUUGUUUGAAUAGGAAACGAGAGUGAAGAUUUUUUGAUCAGCUGCUUCAUAUAAAUAUAUAAUUAUUUAUGUUUUCCAAUGUUUCAGUUGAGAGAUCUUUAGUUUUUGGUGGUUGAUUCGGUUUGAGGAACCCCAUGUUUUGUAGGGUUUACUGAAUGUUCAAAGCCAUGACUUUGGCUUCACCAAGAGGGUUUCCGACAAUGUCUGCCUUUCCCCGGUCUCUCUCCUCCAUAGCAGUAUCAGUGGGAGGAUUGGCAUUGUUCUUAAUUUUUGCUUCUUGCCUUUUGCUCUCAUACCCAAUUGGUUCCACGGUCCGGGGCUAUUUUUACGGUGAUGAUUCAGGAAAAAUGGCAUUGUGGGAUAAUGAAACUAUAAUUGAUACUCGCCUGGUUGACAAUGUAGAUUUAGUUAAUAAGAAUCUGCCUGCCAAUCCUAGUUCAAAAGUGCCCAUAAGUUCUUCUGGUCAAUUGAUUGAUUCUGGGACUGAUGGACUGGUGAAUGAGCCAGCAAAGGUUCCCCUGUCAUCUUCUAAUAUAACACAAGAAGAGGAGAUCAGUAGUUACGUUUCCUCCAAUAUUGCAGAUAAUGUGGAAAUUGCUAGCCCUCUUUCCAUGGCUUUAAAGAAUAAUUCUGAUGUUACAGUUGCAGGAUCAAAUCCUACCAGUCCAGCUUCUCCUUCUUUGCCUGAGGAUGUAGGGACUAGUUUGGUCGAUUCAGGGUGUGAUCUGUACCAUGGGAGUUGGUUUUAUGAUUCAUCUGGACCAUCAUACACAAACAACACAUGCCCUGUUUUGACACAGAUGCAAAAUUGCCAGGGAAAUGGGCGACCUGACAAGGAAUAUGAGAACUGGAGAUGGAAACCCUCUCAGUGUGACCUCCCAAAAUUUGAUGCCAAGAAAUUCCUCGAGUUGAUGAGGGGAAAGACACUGGCUUUCAUUGGUGACUCUGUUGCUAGAAACCAAAUGGAAUCGAUGCUGUGCCUUCUAUGGCAGGUAGAAGUUCCAAAAAAUCGGGGGAAUCGAAAAAUGCAACGCUGGCACUUUAAGUCGACAUCUGUAAUGAUUGUCCGGAUAUGGUCCUCAUGGCUCGUCCAUCAAACAACUGAGCCGCUUGAUUUUGCUCCUGAGGGUGUGGUCAAGCUCCACCUUGAUAUCCCUGAUAACGUCUUCAUGGAGCACAUCCCAAAAUUUGACGUGGUUGUGCUUUCUUCAGGCCAUUGGUUUGCUAAGCAAUCGGUUUAUGUCCUGAAAAAUGAGAUUGUUGGAGGACAAUUGUGGUGGCCGGACAAAUCUCGCUCAAUGAAGAUUAACAACAUUGAAGCAUUUGGGAUAUCCGUGGAGACAAGUCUCGCUGCCUUAGUUACACAUCCUAAUUAUACGGGUCUAACCAUCGUGCGGUCCUUCUCGCCUGAUCACUAUGAAGGCGGUGCCUGGAAUACAGGUGGAUCAUGCACUGGGAAGGUAAGACCUGCCUCAGCGGGCGACUUAGUUGAAAAUGGCUUUACAAAUAUAAUGCAUGAGAAGCAGGUGAUGGGUUUCGACCGUGCCAUCAAGAAGGCCACUAACAAAUCAAAAUUGAGGUUGAUGGAUAUCACGGAAGCAUUUGGGUACCGCCAUGAUGGGCAUCCAGGUCCAUAUAGGAGCCCCGAUCCAAACAAGAUCACACAGCGUGGCCCUGAUGGGAAGCCCCCACCACAGGAUUGCUUACACUGGUGCAUGCCAGGUCCAGUCGAUACAUGGAACGAGUUUGUGCUCGAAACCAUAAGAAGAGAAUUCAAUGGUAAGGAAAGCUUUCCUUCAUGAGAUACCAUAUUUUUGUUGGUAACUCGCCUAUAUUCUUGUAGGAUGGGGUGGAGGUUAGCCUAGUCUAACCCUUUCAAGAAGGAUGAGAAAGAAAGAAAGAAAAUGCAAAGCUUGUAGAGAAAAUCUGUGUGGUUGUAGUUGGGAGAUUUGUGAUUUUUAUUCUUGUAGGAGAUGAGUUAAGAGCAGUUUGAUAAUAUAGAGCAAUAUUUCAGAUGAUCAAAUAAUGAAGAUAGAGCUGUUUUGAUUUCUGUCCAGAUGCAUAAAAUUUUGUAGGUAAAUUAUGACCACUGACUCUUCAUUUCCUGAGGAAUAUAUGGUAAAAUACACCUUGUUUUGCCUUU